AUGGGGGUUCUCAAAACCUUGAACGGCUCCACGAACAUCCACUUCAAGCGCGUGCUUCCCGUCUUCAACGAGGAGCGAGGCUGUCGCGCCGCUGACCGAGGGAGCGGCUGCUCGUCACCACAAGUAACCGCGUGCGCCGCGGCGCGUCCAGGUCGAAGCCAAGCCAUGGAACGGCUCCACGAAGUCCGACUCGAAGCGGGUCGACCCCCCAACGCCUUCUCAGCGCGACCCAUAGAGAUGUGCAGGAGUGGACCUCCAGGCGUCGGUCGCUUUGGGGUGGCGCGAGAACACCUUGGAUUGAGCUAA